AUGCUGCUCCGAAAUCUACGAUACCAGUACGACUUCACUGAGAAACUAGUACGACACAUCACGGAUUUCACACGAGCCAUAGCGGUGUUGGUGAAGAUUUUUAAGAGAUUGGUUCUUCAUCAAGAUUUUGUAGAAGUAGGAUGGACUGAUGGUAAAAACAGUCGUUUUCCUUUCGUCUACUUGCGAGAAAAGUGCCAGUGUCCUGCCUGUUAUCACAAACCUUCCAGUCAGCGAAUAUUACACAUGAAGAACCUUGAUCUGAACUCAAGACCCUCAGCAACACAUAUCAAAGAGAAUGGUACAAAAAUUGAGAUUGUUUGGCAAGAUGACCAUGUCAGUGAGUUUGAAUCGGAUUGGUUAUACAAAAAAAUACUUCCCAAAGCAAACACUAGUGAACAAUCUAUGAUAAGAGAAGGAGUCAAAAUCUGGGAUAGAAACCUGGUUAUUCCAACUUUUGGCUUUGAACCCAUGCUGAAAGAUGAGCAUGUCUUGCUUGAAUGGUUGGAAACAAUGCGUAAAUAUGGUGUUGCAAAASUCACAGGUGUACCAAAAACAUUAGGGCAGCUUGAGAGACUUGGCAAUGCAGUAGGGUUUUUGAAAAACACAUUGUACGGAGAAUCAGUAUCGUUGAAAAGUGAAGCUAAUGCCAGGAGUCUYGCUUAUACCAACAAAGAACUCCAACCACAUACAGAUUURCCUUACUAUGAAUUCAAGCCAAGUGUAAUUCUCCUUCAAUUCAUUGAACAAGUCAAGUCUGAUGGAGGUGCAAAUACUUUGGUAGAUGGUUUUAAUGUUGUACAACAUUUUAAACAACAGCAKCCAAGGUACUUUGAUCUUAUGGUUUCAACUGCAGUUCUAUGGCAAGUUAUUGGCACAGAAAAGAUCUAUGGUGAUUUUAGGAUGAUGUUYCCAAGACCAGUUAUUGAAAUGGGAUGGACUGGAAAAGUUGCUAGAAUCAAUUACAAUGAACCUCUCAGAGAGGCUUUUGUUAAUGUAUCUGUGGAUGAGAUCACUGACAUCUACCAUGCUUACAGUGCACUUACUAAAAUGUUUUAUGAUCCACAAUUUGUUGUCAAAACUAAAAUGUCUGCAGGRGAAAUGUUGACUAUGGAUAAUGACCGAUUGUUACAUGGUAGGACAGCUUAUGAAGUACACAACAAUGACAGAAGAUGGCUUCACCAGGCRUAUAUUGACUGGGAUAUUCUACUGUCCAAAAUGAACGUUUUGAAGGAAAAACUUCAAAGAGCAGAUUCUAUAGAUAAUUAACAUUUUAAUAUCUUUGAACCUAUUUUCUGUAUAUCAAAUAUAGUAGUCCGUUAUUUUUUAUCAGUGAUAUCCAUGAAACAGAUUUAUUAUCUCAUGAGAAAGGAGACACUAAGCCAGUUGAAAAUUGAUCAGUAAAUCAAUCAAUAACAUAAAUCAACUAUCUAUCACUCAAUCAAUCGAUUAGAUAGCCAAUCAGUCAAGAGAUCAAAACUGCCAAUAUCUUAUUGAAAUGUUCUGUAUAUUGUUAAAAAAAAUGCUGAUUGCAUAAAUUUCUUAAGUGCAAGUUUUAUGCUCAUUUUGAACCUGUAAAACAACCAGCUCAAACGUCAAGUUGUGCAAAUCGCGUCAUCAUCUGUUUUCCUGUCCGCGACUUCCUGAUAACUAUUGAUAAUCGUGAUAACGRAAAAAACAGCACUAUUCGCCGUCCCUCGUCCAUACAAUUUGCGCCGCGUCUCCUAAACAGACAUAUAUGGCCACACAUAUUUCAUUAUCUCGAAUGGAAGACUUGUAUCCGGCAGCUCGUGUGUUACGUCACAGAAGAUUGCGCGCGCGUAAUUUUGACGUCACAAGGAAMGCCAUAAGUAUGUCAAACUGACCUGAUGAACUCGAAAAAGAAAGGUUUAUAGUGGUCUAAUGAGGACAACGGUGUAACUCAUGCUGCCGAACUUAGAUUUGGAAACACCAUGGAUUGCACCUGGUCCAAAAUGGAACGAAGCUUUUAUCGCGUGGGAUAUUUUCUGGG